ACAGCGUUAGACUUAUCUUUGGAAGCCAUCCAACGUUCAAAGAUGUCGAUAGAAGGAUAUAAACAAACUAGAAAUAAAAUAACAUCGCGUUUUUCGCUUCAAAACAUGCUAAAGUGUCUUGAAGACCCUGAACACCCGUCAAUGGGUCCGUUUCUCCGUUUUAUGAACCUUACGGGACACUGGCACCCGAACAUGGAAUUAAAAUCCACCCGUUUCAAACAGUUGGUAUAUUACAUAACAAUGACCUUUUUCUGCAGCCAGUAUUUAAAAUGUUUGAUAAGUUUAGAUCCCAGUGCUUUCAUUUUCAUUCUACAAACCGUCCCUUUUCACUUGGCCAUACCUAGGGCGGUCUUUUUCCGAAAGGACCAUCAUCUCUGGCAGAAACUGAUCGACUAUAUGUCACGCACAGAGCUGCGACAGCUCUCUGACGAAGAUGGAGAAGUUAUCGACGUUAUGGAGGAGUAUAUUAGGAGGAGUAGAAGAGUCAUUUACACAUUUUGGUUCAUGGUUAUCUGUGUCAAUACAAGUUUGUGCAUUGAGCCGUACGAGAAAAAUCAAAUUGUGGAGAAUGGAACGGAUAUUUACGUACCAUUUUUCCAAAUAUACGUUCCUUUCAACCAAGAGGUUCCACCAGGAUACUAUUAUUCUAUGGCUCUUCAGACAAUUAUAGCUAAUAUAAUGAGUUCUUAUGUCAUCUCUUGGGACUCGUUGGUAAUAUCUACGUUCAUAUUUUUCGCCGGUCAGCUCAAGAUUUCUCGCGUCUAUUGUACCAAAGUUAUAGACCCUGAGAGCAAAGAACGAAGUCACGAGAAUAUUAUAAAAUUUCACCGUUUCCACACGUCUCUCAUCGAGCACCAGAAAUUAUUACAAAAAUUGAUAUCAUCCCCGAUGUUUAUAUACUUUAUUGUGAUAUCUUCAAACCUAGGAUACUGCAUCAUACAAAUCUCAAAAGCGUCAGGCGAUUUACCAGGAAUGGUGAUGGCUUUUCUAUACUGGUUUGGCAUUUUAAUCCAAGUUUUGAUAUUGUAUUGGUUCAGCAAUCAAGUUACAGUAGAGAGUUUAUCAGUUAGCUCUGGUAUAUUUGAAAGCAAAUGGAUAACCAUGGAUGCGAAAACACAAAAGGAAGUAGUUUUGCUGCAACUCACCACGUCCAAACGGCUUUGUUUCAGAGCCGGACCAUUUAGUGAAAUGUCUCUCAGCACCUUUACUGCAAUCAUAAGAGCCAGCUACAGUUUCUUUACACUACUGAAUAAAACAAAAUAGUAAAACAAGCCCAAUU